AUGGAGCAGAACAGAAUCAAGCGACAGGGUGUAGGAAUUACCGGAGUUGACAAAGCUCGCACGAAUGGCGGCUACACUCUUAUCUGCUCACUGACGUCCACCACAAUACGCCUCAUCGAUAUCGACGGGCAAGAAGUACAUUCAUGGGAGGUACCAAGCGCGUUGAACCGCCAUGCUUACCUUCUACCAAAUGGCAAUCUGGUCGUCAACACAGUCGACCCGAACUGGAAGCCUGCCUCUCCAUGUUUCAGCAAACAUCAUGCUCUGUUGAUGUCCGAGUUCUCUCCGUCCGGCGAAGUGCUCAGGCAGUAUAGAGACGAAUUUGGACAUCACGAUGCAUACUACUACCCCGACGGUAGCGGUAGAAUACUCUACAUAUCUCUCGAAGCUCUUACAUUGGAAGAAUCCAAGUCAAUUAUCGGGGGUGUACCAGGUUCUGAAAAGGACGGCGUUAUCCUCAGCGAUACAAUCAAGGAAAUUGAUGCUCAAGGCAAUCUACUCUGGUCUUGGCAUGCCAAAGACAAGUUCGCUCGCGACAUCUUACCACUCCAAUUGCGUUACAGAAGAGAGCAUUACCCACUGAUCAAUUCAAUUUACCCUCUUCACGACGGGAACGUUCUAGUAUCAUGUCGAUCAGUUUCUCAUGUUGUCAUUAUCUCCCGUGCCACAUGCAACAUCAUAUGGAAACUUGGACCGGAUGUGCUUGCUGGACAGCAUGAUGCCAGUGAAUUACCAAGCGGUAUCAUCCUGGUUCUCGACAAUGGAUUCUUUCGCGAUGGUCAGAGUAUACCAUACUCACGUGCUAUCGAGGUUGAAAGAACGACAAAACAGAUUGUAUGGGAAUACAAGGAUUGUAAUCAGAGGAUUAAUUUCUUCACACCAAUUAUGGGAAGUGCUCAGCGUUUGAGAAAUGGGAAUACUUUGCUAUGCGAAAGUGUUUAUGGCAGAGUGUUUGAAGUGAUGAGUGAUGGGACUGUCGUCUGGGAAUACGUGAACGAGCACUUCGCAGAGCCUUCAGACCCGGUGAAGAGGAAGCUGUACCCUGGCGAGUCAAACGAGUUGUACAGAGCUUACAGAUAUGACGAAGAUCAUAUACCGUGGCUGAAGGAGAAGCUGCGAACAUCAAGAAAAGGUGCCGUGAGCACAGAACCUGUUUCCAAGGGUAUAAAUGAGAUUCGUUGA